GAGCACCUAUGGUGGAAGACUGAGGAGCCUCGUCUCCGGGUCCCAUUAUCCUCUCUCCUACCGCGAGGAGCUCCCGCUGAACGAAGACCUCCCGACCUCACUCCCCCUCCCACUCCCACCAUGCCGCUAAUCCAAUGCUCCCCGCGCGUCCUCCUCCUCCGCCGCCAACGCUUCACGCCGCACCACCCAUUCCCUUCCACUGCCGAGCCGCCGGGCACCUACGACGACAGCGGGGACGGCCCCGUGGAAAUCCGCGCCCCGACGCUGUUCUCCGUCGACGACAACCCCACCCCGCUGCAGGUCGCCACGAGCGUCAUGCUCACCGGUGCCAUCUCCGUCUUCCUCUUCCGCUCCCUCCGCCGCCGCGCUCGCCGCGCCAAGGAGCUCAGGGUGCGGUCCGGUGGGAUGAAGAAGCCCAGGAACCUGAGCGAGGAGGCCCUGGAGGCGCUGAGGAUGGUGAGCACCUCGCCGGUGGAGACUAAUAAACCGCCGUCGCCCGUGCAGGCGCUGCUCGGGGGAAUUGCGGCCGGGGUCAUCGCGCUGUUCCUGUACAAGUUCGCUAGCACCGUCGAGGCCUCGCUCAACCGGCAGACCAUCUCCGACAAUUUCUCGGUUCGCCAGAUAACAGUAACAAUAAGAACAAUUAUAAAUGGGCUGUGCUACCUAGCAACAUUUGUGUUUGGAAUCAACGGGGUGGGAUUGAUACUCUAUUCCCUCCAGCUUACUUUUAACUCUCUCAUGGACGAUGACUCUAGCAGCUCAUCCGUAGAGAAAAUCAGCGAGCAAUCCAGCACAAUGGCUUCAUCUAGUAGCUCCACAAGUGACAGUGUAUCGGACAGUAGUGACUUGCAGCAGAUCUCGGACAAGAGUAAAAACUCAUCGGAGUAGCUGAGGCCAUGCAAUGCAGUUGCCAAAAUUCAAGAGUACAUACAUAAUAGGACAAUCCUUCUGAGGAGCCAUUAUUCUCAUCUUAGGCUCUACUGUCGUUUUUGAGUGCAAAUGCUAUGCUAAUGAACUUUCAGUUAGGCUAGUAGUAAAAUGUGGUGAAAUAUUUUGGAUUGAACUGCAAAAAUACAUUUGGUAGUACAAUGAAUUGCCAUCGGCCCAAAAUUCUCGGCA